AUGCCGACCACCAGUGAAACAGAGCUUGAAGAUAUUGAGGAUAUUGUAUCAACAGCAGACAAUACAUCACGUCCUACUGGAAGAAAGCAUGUAGUGACAAGGCUGAAGAAAUCAAGAAUAGAAUCCGAGGCGUUUGGAGCACCAGUGGCUGACAGCCAUAUUCCAGGCACACAGAAAAUUUAUGUGAAGACAUGGGGUUGUUCUCACAACAAUUCAGACAGUGAAUAUAUGGCUGGUCAACUGGCUUCAUAUGGUUACACUAUCACAGAUGACAGUCGAGCUGCAGAUCUGUGGCUGCUAAACAGCUGUACGGUGAAGAACCCUGCAGAAGAUCACUUCAGGAAUGAAAUCAAGAAAGCCCAGGAGAUGCGGAAGCAUGUGGUAUUAGCUGGGUGUGUACCCCAGGGGCAGCCUAAAGCUGACUAUGUCAAGGGUUUAAGUAUCAUAGGAGUACAACAGAUUGAUCGUGUUGUGGAAGUUGUGGAGGAAACUCUCAAAGGUCACACAGUCAGAUUGUUUGGGAAGAAGAAACAAGAUGGCAAAAAGAUAGGCGGAGCAUCCCUGGCAUUGCCCAAAGUUAGGAAGAACCCAUUGAUAGAGAUUAUAGCCAUCAACACAGGGUGUCUCAACCAGUGUACAUAUUGUAAAACCAAACAUGCCAGAGGAGAACUGGGCAGUUACCCUAUAGAGGAUAUUGUUAACAGGGCAAAGCAGUCGUUUGAAGAGGGUGUUGUUGAAAUCUGGUUGACAUCUGAAGACACAGGGGCUUAUGGCAGAGACAUUGGAGUUACAUUGCCUCAGCUGCUAUGGCGACUGGUGGAGACCAUUCCAGAGGGUGCCAUGUUACGAUUAGGCAUGACCAAUCCACCGUAUAUACUGGAACAUUUAGAGGAAAUGUCAGGGAUACUGAGUCAUCCGCGUGUCUACAGCUUUCUUCAUGUCCCUGUACAGUCAGCCUCAGACAGCGUUCUGAUGGACAUGAAGAGAGAGUACUGUAUUGCUGACUUCAAACAUGUUGUCAACUUCUUACAACAGAGAGUACCUGGUGUUACCAUAGCAACAGAUAUUAUCUGUGGUUUCCCUACAGAAACUGAACAGGAUUUUGAGGAGACCUACAGAUUAGUGCAAGAAUACAAAUUCCCCAGUUUGUUUAUCAACCAGUUUUUCCCACGGCCUGGAACACCAGCAGCCAGAAUGCCUCGUACAUGUACAACACAAGAGGUUAAGAAGAGAACAAAAAAAUUAUCAGAGCUUUUCCACUCUUACCACCCAUAUGAACACAAGCUAGGUGAACACCAGAAAAUAUUGGUGACAGAGGUGUCCCACGAUAAGCAGCACUAUGUGGGACACAACAAGUUUUAUGAGCAGGUGUUGGUGCCAAUGAAGGACACAUUAUUAGGGAAGAUGGUGGACGUGAGGAUUGUGAAGACUGGAGAACAUUAUCUGAUGGGAGAGGUGUUGUGUGAGAAGAGUGCAGUCAGACCCCAGGUACCCCCUCCCCUCUCCCAGGGCCAGGUGUCUGGGGUGACCAGGCCCUCACAAACUUUCCAGGAUACGUCCUCAAGAUCUGGAUAUUUAUUCUGGCUUUCCAUGUUUGUGGUUAGUGUAGCUGUGACUCUCAGACUGUGGUAUCUCCUGCCCAACCUGUUGAGGUGA